AUGGCCUCCUCGCGAGAGAAAUGGUCCCUCACCGGCCACCUCCUGGCAACCCAUCAACAGCUCUACAAGUCGGCGACUCAACACCCCUUUCUGCUCGCCGGAGCCGAGGGUCGGCUGCCCAAGGACAUUCUGAGCCGCUGGCUUGCCAACGACCGGUUGUACAUCCACUCAUACAUUCGUGCGGCGGGCCAACUCCUUGCGUCUAUCGACCUUCCGAAACAGGUCCCCGGUUCGCAAGAGGCAUUCGAGACUCGACUCGUCGAUUGGGUGAUUGAAGCUCUGGUCGCCAUCCGAAAAGAGGAACGCUUUUUCAUUGAAAUUGCUGAUCGCUACAACUUGGGCAUUGAGAUCGCCAUUCCAUUCCCUCCUGUUUCUGCCGCAGCGCAGGAUACCCCAGCAAAACCUUUUACAAUGCAGGACGACGGUAAACUUCCGGGGUUCGUGCGAUUAGAAUCCAUCUUCUCAGCCGUCGGUGGCGCUCACUCGACCACGCCGGACUCUCCUAGUACAGUGCCCGGGGGAUCUCUUGUGCGAUCCCUCUUUACCAGCACCGCUGCCACCACAACCCCGCCAACUCUCCUCCCGUGGUUGGAAGGUGCCCUCACGUUUUGGGGCACCGAGCGCUGCUACCUGGACGCCUGGUCUUGGGCCCGCGACAAGGCCGAGGAGCGCCGCUCUUCAGGUGAGCACGCUGGGAAGGAGGAUGCCGAUGGUGGUGCGCUGCGUAAGGAAUUUAUUCCCAACUGGAGCAGCCCCGAGUUUUCACGGUUCGUGGAGCAGUUGGGGAAGUUGAUUGAUGAUGCCGUCGCGGGAGUGGUAGAGGGGAAGGAGGGAGAGGAGAAGGAGAAGGUGAAGCAGGCGAUUCUUGGGAGGGUGGAGGGGAAAUGGAAAACCCUUCUGGAGGCUGAGAAGGAUUGUUGGCCCGAUCGCCCCCCGGGCAGCAAGCUCAAAUUCACCGCGCAUUCGCCGAGACGGCGUUCAAUAUCCACGCCUCCGGUUGUGGACACCAUGGCCGCUUCAGAUGAAAGUGCGGCUUCAAAACUCAUCGAAGUGCUCGGUAGGAUUGACACCACCCUUGGAGCCCUGGACCGCCGUCUACAAGUACUUGAGCAGUCAUGGCCGCCGGCUCAAGCGGGUGGCAUCGCCCCCCCAGCAGCCGCAAAUGCAAAUCGCGUCCGCCUAACUAAGCAUGAGGGUUUCGUUACUAAACAUAAACCUGACCUGGAGGGAUCAAGCCAGCUCCAGGAGAUCAUCGUGGAGGAAAACGACCUCGUUGCGCUGCUGUCGUGCGCUUCGAGCCCCUGUCUUGAUCGCCACCAGACCCGACAAUCCACCAACAACGCGCACAAAAUCUUCACAUACCCAUUCACGGGGCUCCUUUGGUACCGGGACGUGCUCAAAUUUCUCAUCCACGAGUCUGAGCGACCCGAUAGCGAGCUUCGGCAGCUGUAUUCCGACCACGCGGCUACCGAGGUUUUGACGCCUGAUUUAAAAAGCGAGACCGCGCAGCUGCUAGCCUGUUGCGAUGAGCAGUGUAAGCCACUCGUUCAAGGCAGAGAUGAAAACUUAGCUCGUGGUGUCGUUCGCUUCGAUGACCUGCCCAGUCUUUUCUCGCCCGGGCUGCUGCUCGUCGGCCCAGGAGGAGAAGGUAUCGAACAAGUGGUAGAAGUUUCGUCGUGCGACUUGAUAACCGGGCCAGUAAUAGCGGAGAUCUGUGUGGUGCAAGCUUGGAAUUUUAGGUGGGACGGCCAGGGCUUCUCGAGGACGAGCACCCGCUUUGAGCUGAGUCGCUACAGCGGAACGAGGCCGAUCAAAGGGUUUCCAUACCAGCCCGUCAUCGGGUUGGAUUCUGAACAGUCCGUCGCCCGGUUAAGAGAGAUUGUCGCUAGAAACACGAAACAUGUCACCUUCCUUCAGGAGGUGUCCAAAGUCGAGGUUGGGGAUUACCCUUUCUGCACCUGGGAGUCAGAGGUUUCGGACGGGUUCAGACAUGGUUCAAAGGCUGUUGAAGUUAUGCUGGAUCCCGCAGCUUUCUCCCUUUACGACGAAGAACGGCCAAAAACAGCAGGGACCUUCGGUUGUUACUGUUCCAGAUGCACGAGUUCGAUCUCAUUUCAAGACGUUCUUCGUAACGCCAGAUACCUUUUACUAGCGCCGACGAUGGCGGAGGGAUUUAUGCUUGAAUCGAAGAAGUGGACGGCGUUUCCCGUUCGUGACCUCCGUGUUAGGGAGUCCUUCUGGUGGGAUGACGAGACCUUGGAUACUGUUUGCUUCGACUCGAGCUAUGUUGAGCUUUUUAAAGAGAAACUCACGAAACACCUUGCCCAGCGGAAAGAGAUUCUUGAUGGGACAAACCCGGAUCCGAUCGAGGUUGACAAUGAUAUCUCGCGCAAGGCCUUUGUCGUUCAAUUUCACGGCCUCGAGGGCACUGAAACAGCGUUGACAGCGUCGUCAUUGGCGAACUAUUGUCGUCGACCAGCCCUCUGUAUUACCGCCGACGAUAUGGGUCUGGAGCCGGAAGGCUUUGCAAAGAGAUUGUCAUUGUACGCCGAACUCGGCUUCCGCUGGGGUGCGGUCCUUAUUUUUUUUGAGGCAGACAACAUGCUGCAGAGCAGACAGUUGGAUGACACAAAACGAAAUCCACUCAAAGAAGGUGAGCACGAAGAAAUUAACGAUCAGACCUGGGACACAGACCUCGUGCGAUAUAUCCGGCAGUUCUUUUUUCUACCCCCGCAGGACGAAGAGAUCGAAACAAUGUUUUCUUCCCUACUGAACCAGCUGGACCCGGAUUCUGUUGAGUCUGGGGAUACGAUGGUGAGCUGGGUUGUGGCCACUGCCCCAGUGUUGCAGUUGUCAGUUCGUGAAAUUCGCGACAUUUUUCACCGUGCUGUAGGCCACGCAAACAGAGGUGGUCGGAAAUUGGCUUUGAGCGACAUCAUCAAGGCAUACACGACAACUACCGGACGACAGGACGAGUGGGAUUUGGUCGACGAUAUCUCCUUGUACGGAAGCGGCCAGGCCGCAGAAGGUACUACCACGCCGCGGGUUACCGAAUUUCUACGCACUACCUUUGGUGCCUGGAGUGAGCUUCCUGAUGACGGGCGGCUACCAUUUACGUUUCUGGAGUCCUUUUAUUCUGGGUUGCCGCUAGAUUCCGCGACCAAAGGGGCCAAAAUAUUGGGCAAAGCCACGGAAGAGCUGCAGAAGGUCGGCCGGAUGUGGAUCGUGGACUGGGGGUGGCCAAAAGGAACGUGGUGCCCGAUACAAGGUUGCGCGUAUACACCGAGUGGGCUUUAUCGAUGGAUAGACCCAGAGGUGAAACAUCCUCUCGAGGAAUGGAAUCGAGCGGGGUUUACAUUUGGACUGCGGGAUGUUGUCGAGGGACAGCAGCACGGUGGUGGCAGUCCUUGGAGAAGGCUUGUGACCUUGAAGAUGACCCGUGCCGUUCCGGUCAUUGCUCAACUGGGACCAUUGGAUGAGGGCCCUAAUGAAUCUGAACGCGACUUGGAGUUUCAUAUCGCAUUUUUCCAUAUGAUCACAAGCGUGACUGGGAAUAUCGGAGACGUGCGAAAUACGGUUAAAUUAUUCGACGCCUCGGGCAUGGGUAUGGGGAAGGGCUGUUUUACAAUCUUCCCUGUGCCCUCCGCGGAAGACUCUCCACCGGUAGACGACCCCAUCCAUUGGACACUCAUCUGCCUUACACCAGAAGACUUUUGGCCACAAGACAUAUAUGCAAAGUGCGUAGCGCCAACUCUUAGAGCGCAGACAACAUACUAUGUGGCCGAGGCCCUUAGAACAGUGGUCACCCGCUGGCGCGAGGUCCUUCAGGCUAUCGAAAACCUCGUGGACAGUGAUAGCGUUCUGCGGCAGCCGGACCAGCUCCAAAACAUCCUGUUUGACGACGACGCCUUUUCGACCUCGAAGCGCUAUUUCUGGGCCAUCAAUUUCAUCCAUGAGGCGGUCAAGCUUUUGGACGACUCGAUCCAGCAGUGGGCCAACUUUCGCAAACGGUCGGUGGAGCCGUGGGCCGGCUUGGGGAUAUCUAACCGAGACCCCUACUGGUACGGACAGUCACAGCGGGUGCUCGACAACGCCGAUCGGGAUGCGGUGGAGUCGUGCGAGGAGCUGAAGCUGCUGAGGCAAGAGUUUCAGGAGAAGCUGGACCGCAUCACCAUCAUGAGAGACGGCCUUGGUCAAAACGUGAAGCUCCUCACGUUUGUCAGCAUCUUCUUCCUUCCCCUCGGUUUCUGCGUGGCAAUCUGGAGCAUCAACGAAUCCUACAGCAAAACCGACCUCGCGAUCGUGAGCGUCAUCGUGGGCGUGGCGACGUACGCGCUCACGUUCAACCUCAACAACGUCGUCCAUGGCCUGCAGAAGGUGUACGCGCCCAAGCGCCGGAAGCUGAUCGAGAAGAUGGAGCAGGAAAGGGACAUGAUGUGGCAGUAUUUUGGGGACCGCUUUAAUAUGUUUGAGAGGUCGGACCGCGGGCUCCAGAAGCCGUCCGAGUGGAUUAUCUUGGCCUACUUCUUUCGGCGGAUGUGGCGGGCGGUUCGGGGGAAGAGGGAUCUGCGGCCGGAGGAGAUGGGGUCGGAUUGCAGUCUUUCAGAGUAA